AUGUAUAUGAGUGCGAGGCGAUUACCUCCGAUCACUUUGUGGACCGUCAUCAAGGCGCAAGUAUCUUAUGGUAUGAUAGCGAUAUUGGGCACUGGUGAGAUGAAGAAUGGCCGAACUAAGAGAUGGAACUUGCGAAGUACUGGUGAUAAUCCGGAAAAUGAUCCGUCGUCGAGUCGAUCUGGUCGACCUAGUUCCCGCGCGGCUAAGUCGACUGUUGCCAUGACCUACGGCAGCUCCCGUGAUCUCCCUCGCUCAGUUGGCCCGUGGUUGAAUGUGGGGAAUGCGGGGAAUGUGGGGAAUGAAGGAAGGAGUCGAGGACCGGCUCAACACCUUGAAGCAGAGCGCAGAAGGAGUAUCUGCUGUCUGCUUCCCGCCGCACCACACCAAGCCUUGACUCCCCUCCUCUUCGAUGUUGCUCUCCUUCCUUCCUAUCAUCGCCCUCGCACGGCACCCCGCUCGAUGUCCAUUCAUUUGCCUUCCGAUUCGAUCUACCCCAACUUAACGUCAAUCUCCUCGUCGUCGUCCUCCUUAUCAUCCUCCUCUUCGCUUUUCGCCGAGUCCAUUCCCAACCUCACGACCUCGGCCAACCUCACAUCAAUACAACACAAUAUGGGUCUGCAAGAAGCAUUGGCUAGUUUGAAAACCACCUGUGUCGACGCUGUCCUUCAGAAGUGGACCGAACUCGAAGAGGCCUACGACCAGGAGGUGGAUGCCAGCAUGCCAUGCUUUCAAGCCUGGAUCCUCGCGCCAGGAAGGGUCUUGUGGCCCAUACUGCGACUCGUUGCCGAGUUGAAAUACGGAGGAUUAUACAAUAGCUUGCACGAGCGGAGCAAGAAGGUGCUCCGUACCUUGAUCAAACGCCUGCACUUGGAAGACUACUGGGCUCUGUUUUUGGGAUUGGGAGACUAUUUCAUGCUAUCGCGGGAUGCUCUGGAAAUACUGGCUCGGAUCACGAAGAAUCGUCCCCACACCGGCUUCAUUGAGCUCCUUAAUGCCUUGCAUGCCGGGAGAAUGACUCGGGGGACUGCGUCGCUGCGCGGCGUGAGCACUGACAUGUCCCGAUUCACGACCUGGGACGCGUUGAAGGCGGAAGAGAUCUUGCUUGGCCACACCUCCUUGCCCACACCCCACAAGUCGGAGUCUAUAGGGAGACUUGAGGUCGCGGCGGAGGACGGAGUGCUGACGGGCCUAACAUCGGCCGGGGAUGACAAUGCGAGUGACCACGAUCAGUCGAUGGAGUUCCAGGGGGCGAUCGAAACACAUCUUACAUCGCUGCGCGCGAACGAUGGAUCUGCGGAGGGCGGAAAGCACGUUGACGAAGCUGAUGCUGCGGAGGAGGAGGACGACGGGCCGGGUCGCGAGGAGGAAGAGGAGAGUCAUGACGAUGACCACGAGCAGAACUUGUAUGGGGAAGAGGGGGGCCAUGGCGACAGUGACUGGGAAGUUGAGGUGGAGAUUGGUCGCGGGAAUACCAAGUCACCGAACCCAGGGAAUGAAGAUGAAUUCGAGAUCUCGGACCUCGAAUCCCCUCCGGCCUACCUUCUUACUAGCCGCGAAUCCUCCCUAGUACCGUCCAUUCAAUUUCCCGAACCGGAUCCGGACUCGAAUUUGAACGCAGAGCCAUUGGUCAUGGAGGAUUCACUAGUGGUUGAUACGCAAAACAACUCGGGUGUGGGUGGCACAGUCUGGAUUGGCGCAACUCCUAUCACCCCCAAAGAUUUGCUGACUGUGGCGGGCAAGAAUUGGCUUAAUGACGAGGUGGUCAACGGACUUGCAACGCUGCUUCUAGCUGGCCGGCAAGAUAUACACUGCAUGUCCACCUUUUUCUUCGCUACACUCUCUGGAACUAAAGAUACUAUCAACUAUGCCAAGGUCGAGAAAUGGACCAAAGGCGUAGACAUAUUUACCAAGAAGCAUCUCUUGGUCCCAAUCAACAAAGACGGCAAUCACUGGACCUUGGCAAUCAUCACCAUGGCCCCCCUGACCGGAGGCACGGCGUCACCUUUCGAGAUUUGCACGGUGGAUAGCCUCAAUUCAGUUGGCGGGCAAUCAUACGCCUUGAUCGCCAAUCAGCUCUGGACAUACCUCAUCUUAGAGGCCAAGUCGAAACGAGGAGCCGUUCUGUCGCCAGACCAGGUCAAGUGGAAGCAUGCACGAAACUCUCCGCAGCAGAACAACGGCCAAGAUUGCGGUGUUUACAUGUUGGUAUGCUUGGAACGCUUCGCUGAUGACCCGGAGCACUUUCUGCACACUAUGGAGCAAGCGUCUGCCGGAUCCUGGGUUGUGGAUGCUGCUUCUGAACGAGCGCGGUUCCAGGCCAUGCUGCUAUACCAACUCCAACAAGCGACGACGAGUCUUAAGGCUGUCCCCGAAACAACAUCAAAUUCCCAACACAUCGGAUCUGAAGACGGCAUCUACUCCUCUGUGUCAUCGACGUGCCUUGAGUCACCUGACUCUGCGUUGGGCGAUGCAUGCGGCUCCCGAGACGCGUCACCAGCGCCUGUGGGGGCUUUGCCUGGCCCACCAGCGUCAUUCUCCGGAGAGGGAUCCACAAUGGGCAGCCAUCAGCAAUCUACGUCUACGAAACGGGUGUUAGUGCCAGAUGAUUCAGGCGGAGUUCCUUCAGCGACGCCGUCAGCAUCAAAGGUUGGUUUGACAAGUCCGCCCGAGGAAAGCAUCGAUCAAACUGUUCUUCCCACGAUCUCCGCCGCCGCCCAUCUCGGAAACACGCAAAACACUGCCGAUACACUGAUCACUCAACGUCUGGCGAUGGAACACCUUGCCAUGAAUGAGGCUAUUUCUCUGGAUCGACGACAAGAAGCUUUGAAAAGCCUGCCCAGCCACACUUACCCUGUCUCUUGUGGUCAAUGGGCGAAAAUCGCAGACAUUCCUGCGCUGGGCGACAUUUCCACAGUCUUGAGCACCCUCGAUGCCCUGCAAAUCGCGGAGCAUGUUGACCUACUGCUCGUAUCAUCCUCUCAAAGUCCACAGAAACGAUAUCACGAAGUGUCGGCUCUCGAAGCACAGCGCCUAGGGAGCCAGUUGGCCACUCAAAACGCCCGCCUUACUUUCGCUGCACACCUUGUCCAAGUUUCCCAAGCCCUCCUCCGAACUUUGGAAUCCUUUCACGCAUCCCAGGCCGAAGCCUCAAAAGCUCUACAAGAUCAAGUAUUGGCUGAAGAAGCCUUUCGCGACAAUACUAUGCAAGAGAAGCAGUUCGACUUUUACCGCGAGAAGUGGAUGUUGGACGUCGAGGUUAGGAUCAAGGAUUUGAAAGGAAUGUGCCGGCAGGCGACGGACGAGGAGAUGAAUAUGCUAAGGUUGUACGAGCGUGUCUUGGUGGUAAUGCGGAACUCGUCGAGGAUCAAGGAGGUGUGUGAGGAAAGACUUGGGGGUGCCAUGGCGGACGUUGCAGGUUUUUUGAAGAAGGAGGAAGAAGAAGAGCAAGAGUGGGCAAGGAGGAGACGUAGGGGGGAGCAGUUGAAGGAGCUCUUGAGGACAAGUCAGUUGUAG